AUGAGUGAUAUUAUUGGCAUAGACUUUGGUAAUAAGAAUUGUAUCAUAAGCGCUGAAGUUAAUGGGUCAGUAGAUGUCAUUGCUAAUCAGAAUGCAAGCAGAGCAACACCAGCAAUUGUUACAUACACAAAUAAAAGGAGAUUUGUUGGUGAUCUUGCAAAGAUGCAGCAGAUGGAGUUCUACAAGGCCACCAUUACAAAGAUUAAGUCUCUUAUUGGAAUGAAAUUCGAUUCUGUUGAGAAAAAGCAGAUUGAGCCAUUAUCUACUGUUAAACUUGUUGAACUUGAAGAUAAGUAUACAGGCGUAUCAAUUCAAUACAAUGAUACUGAAAUUGUCAUGAGACCAGAGCAAAUUGUUGCUUAUCUUCUCAAGGAACUUGUGAAGAUUGCUAAGGCUCAAGUACCAAAUGCAGAUAAAGCAGUUAUUGCAAUCCCACCUUGGUGGACCCAUGAGCAGCGUCAAAUUUUACUCAAUUCCGCCAAAAUUUCUGACAUCAACAUUCUCGGCUUGAUUAACUCAACAACAGCUGCAGCAGCCUCAUACGUAAAGCUUAACGAUGAUAAGCUUCCUCCAAAAGAAGCAAAACCAGUUCCAAUCGUAAUUGUUGAUAUUGGUGACUUCGCAAUGAACGUUACAGUUGCUCUUAUCAAGAAAGGAUACUUACAUAUCGUUGCUACCGAUUCCGAUGAUACUCUUGGCGGAAUUCACUUCACAAACGAGUUACUUCCAUUUUUAUUGAAUCGCACACAGCAAAAGUACAAUCUUGAUCCACGCCAGAACCCACGUGCAUGGAUCAGAUUCCAGGAAGCAGCAGAUCGCUUGAAGAUGACUCUUUCGAUCAAUCAAUCCGUUGAUUUCGAAAUUUCAAGCUUGAUGAACGACAUCGAUGUCAAUUUCGUUGUCAAGAGGGAUGAUUUCAACCAGCUUAUCCAAGGUCUCGCCAACAGAUUGCACGAACCAUUGUUACAUGCACUUGAAUUAGCAAACAUCAAGAAGGAAGACCUUUAUGCAGUCGAAUUAGUUGGUGGUGGCUCCAGAAUACCAUUGAUCAGAGAAGUUAUCUUCCAAACAAUCGGAAAAGAGUUUCCACAAGUAUUAAACAACGAUGAGUGCUUCUCAAUGGGCUGCUCUUACAUUGCCCAGGAAAAGAUCGAUCUCCAGGAUAUUACUAACACAGAAGGUUCUUACAAAGAUGGAGAAAACGCUGAUGUUGUAUUAUUCAAGAGAUUUUCACCAAUUCCAGCAUCAGCAAAGUUCACAGUUGAUGUCGAAGGCAAGAAGAAGAUCGACAUCAAGUCAGACAAAGGUCCAAUCGGUGAAAUUAACCUCGAAGUCAAUGAUCCAGCAAAAGUCAAAGUUGAACUCGAAGUUUCACUCUCAAUCUCAUCAAUGUUCAAUGUAAACACAGUUUCUGUCAUCCAGGAAGAUGAAUCAAAACCGGUUCCUCCUGUCACUUUUGUUUACAAAGCUAUCGGAGAAUUUAGUGACGAAAAGCUUAAGGAAUACAAAGAUUUGGAAGCCAAGAUGUCGGAAGACGAUGAAAAAGAGAAUGCCAUCGACAACGCGAAGAAUGAAUUAGAAAGUUUAAUCUUCGAAGCCAAAAAUGCUCUUAACAGAGACUUCCCAGACAAUUUCGAUCCAGCAUCAAUCAACAAAUACAAGAAGGAUGUUGAAGAAAUCGAAACAUGGUUCUCUGACAAUGAAUUCGACAGAUUCCCAAUCGAAGAGUACCAAAAGCGCUCUGAAGCGAUCAAUUCCUUCUUCAAACCAGCCCAGGAAAGAUACCAUCUCUUCAAACAGCUUACAGAUGAGAUCACUUCCCUUAAAGAUAAAGCAAAUGAUUUAUUAGUCCAAGUCAAGACGGAUGCUGAAAGAAUUGAUGGUGGCGAGAAGGAAGAACUACUCAAGCAGAUCGCAGAAUUCAUCGAAUCAGCCGACAAAGCCCUCAGCGAACCAAAACACGACGAACCGAAAUACAAAUCAUCAGAUUUCUCUGACAAACUUAAGACUCUUGAGACAAGAGUUGCUGCCAGAGCCAACUUACCUCUCAAACCAGCUCCUGCUCCACAGAAAAAGCCAACUGUUUUAACAGUAGACGAAGCAGAAGAAGAAAAACCAGAACCACCGAAAGCAGAAGAAGUUCCAACAUCUCCAAAGGUUGAAGAGCCAAAACAAGCUGAAGAAAACGAAGAGGAAGAAGUUGAUGAAGUUUAUGAUUUCUGGGGAAGACCAGUGGACCAUCGUAUGACAUCCUCCAAUAUUAGAAGACCAUCGUACGUCGAAGAACCUCACGAAGAAGAGGAAGAAGAUAAGACUGAUUACGAUGAUUACAUUUACGACUCAUAUGGCAACGUUGUUGGUCGCCGUGAUAAGCAGAUGAAUCCUCGCUGCAAAGAAGUUGUUUGCGAAGACAACGAUGGCGAGGAAUACUACGAAAACCCAUUGGCAACGUUAUUAGGCUGCCCACAGAAGAAGAAGAAACAAAGCAAGAAGAAAGAAGUGAAGAAGGAAGCCAAGAAAGAGGAAGUUGACGAAUACGAGAGAUUGUUAGGCCAAUACAGAGAAUUUGGAAAGAAAUUCGAUAAAGAAAUGGAAGAUUUGAGGAGAAAGGCAAUAGAUAUCAAACGUCGCGAGAUAGAAUUGGCAAAAGAAAAGGAAGCAAUUCUUGGAAAAGUCAGAAAAUUACGAAAUACAAAAGAACAAAUGGAAAACGAACUUUACAGAGCUCAGGAAAGAAAGAGAAGAGCCGAAAUGAUGAAGAACGCUUACCAAAACUACAUGAAUACCAAUGGAGGUGAAGCAUUUGACUUCCUUGGCCCAACUUUCCAGUCAUUGUUCCAGCAGGCAUUUCGUGAUGCUGCAAUGAGACAACAGCAGCAACAGAGGCAGCAACAACAACCAAGACAGCAAACACAGCAAAAUCAGAACCAGCCAAGAAGUAUUCCAGGAUUCAGAGGACCAUUCUAUAGCCCACAGUUCGGAUAUCCAAUCUUCUUCUAA